AUGAAUGCAGAUCAACUUUUACUCUCAUUGAAAUCCUGGCCGGAAGAGAACCUUGAAGAAACCUCAGUCUCGUCUCUCAUAAAUAGAAUACAAGCUCAGCGUGGCCAUUUCCGCGAUGUCAACGAAAGCUUGCUUGAGGAGGAGAUAGCUGCCGGGAAAGACGAGCCGCAGGACGAUGAGCUUCAUGGCGACCUCGAAAAUAAAGCUAAUGGAGGUACUGCGGAUAAGACAGCCGGUGAUCAAGAGAGCGCGACGGAAUUGAGGAAUGCGAAGGUGAAGAUGGCAGCUUUGGUAGGGCAUGCUUUAAAUGAGGCUUUAUUGGGCCUUGAUUACAUAUCUUUUCUCGUAUCUUUGCAUAAUCCAGAAACCGGCAAUUUGACCAUGUCUCCGGCUCUUAAAGAGGCCGUGCCCGCUGGUAGUUUAGGUUUCGAUAAGAUUCAGCGCAAACCCGGUCCGAAAGCGAUCAAAGAUGAUGAGAUUGUUUCAAGAGCUUGGAAGAUGGAAGGAUUAAACUCGGCGGCAGACGCCCUAUUGAGUGCGUCCGAGAAGCUUGGGCGAGAGGUCGAGAAAGAGAGCAGAUACUGGGAACAAGUUCUGGCUAUUCGCGACGAGGGUUGGGUUAUAACACGUAUACCUCGAGAACGACAAACAUUGGGCGUGAGAUAUGGAUUUGCGGAAUCGGCAGCGGAGUACAAGAGCAAGGGCAUAGGGGCGUUAAGAAGGGGCGAAGAUGGAAGCGUUGUAAUGGACGACGUAGCUACCACCGGGUCCCUUGGGAAGGCGAUGCUUAGAGUUCGUGUUAUAGAGAACGGAGAGGUUAAGGGAGUCAGCGUACAGAGCGGAAACAAGAAAUCUACAUCCGUUAAGGAUGUGAUUGAGCGCGCACGAAACUUUGUUUAUGAGGACGAACUUUUCUUUGAAAUUAUGAGAGAGGCGAGGAUCAUGGCGAAUCAGGGAAUAAGAACCAGCGAGGACGGCGUGACACUUCAACUAGGGGAACAUCGAAGCAUUAUAAUAGAUAUGGCUCCACUUGAUGAUGAUGAUACGGCACUCGAUGUUCACAGUCCGGAGAGUGGGUUGGCACAAGGAGUAGCAAUGGCCUUUCGGAUAUUAUUAUCAUAUAAUCACAGAAUGAGUCUCAAGAAGCGAAGCAAGCCACCACCUGCACUGAGCCCGAGAAAACAACCUGUGCCUCCGCUUCUCCUGGUAAGACCCAUUGCAACACAUCUCAUCCAUCAUCAACACCUCAGUCAUCUGCAAGGCCUACUUAAAUCCUUAAUUGGCAUCGCAAAGUCUGCUAGUCUACACGGCGAAUACUCGUUGAAGCCUUUACAAAACUGCCGACAACCCGAAAUUAAGGACGUGGAAUCUGCCGUGGAUACUUUUAUGGGAAGAUUAGAGAGUGAAGCAACACUUGUGUUGCCGGGUGGCUGGAAGGUUGAAAUCCAAAUGUCGACAAUGUUAGGACACCCGUUGUAUGGGACUGGAUUCACUAUCAACACAUCGCAUGACGGAAUCUCUGCGCGAUUAAUGGGUGAGAAUAAGUUUAGCUCUGUAGAAGAGAUGGAACUGUAUCUUUGCUGGUGUUUGGAGCGAAGUGUUGUCAACGAAAUUCGAUGCAUGGGCGAUAAGUGGCAGCAAAUAGCCCAAGGAAAUGAGAUGAGGAAUGUUGAAAAACAGACAAGAAAAAUCCGGGUCGAGGCAACCAGAGUAGGAUUGUCCAUUGUUACAGGAGCAACUGGUGGAACAGAUACUAGGUUUGUGUGGGAUGGUAGUGAGGCUAGUAAAAGCUUACAGGAUUUACUGAAAGAGUUCUAA